AAUCAUCAAGAAUCAAAAUACCACGUUCCUAUGCGUGUCUGCCUGGUUUAUCCGCUUAUCCUAACACAAAAAACACAUGCAUCACACUGGUUACAGCGACCUCAACAAACAAAUAAAAUGCAACAGACUUUGCAAACUCGGUCCUCCUGCAGGCAGUACAGGAGUGAGGCAAGCACCUCUCAGAAAACAAAACAAAAAAGAGUGAGGCAAGCAAUGCCAGGCAGCUCGGCGUCCACGACGCUGCAGUACACGGGCAUCGGCGUCUUCGUGGCCAUCGUCCUCCUCGGCCUCAUCUACUUCAGCCGUUCCAUCAGAGCCGGCGUCCUGGCGCGCAGGAAUGACGCCGCCACCGGGCAAGGCGUGGGGACCGCGAGCCCAGAGCAGCAGCUAGUCCUCGGCCUCGCUCCCGAGGACGUCGCCCUGCUGCCAACGUUCACGUACCACGCUAUUUCACCCGCCGACCGCUGGCACGGCGGCGGUGACAAGGCCAAGGCCAAAGCGGCCGACCGCUGUGCGGUGUGCCUCGACGAGCUCCGAGAGGGCGCGCUGGUGCGCAUGCUGUCGUCGUGCAAGCACUUCUUCCACGCGAGCUGCGUCGACGUGUGGCUCCUGUCGCACGCGUCGUGCCCCGUGUGCCGAGCGAGCCCGGCCCCGGCACUGGCACCGGAGGGAGUCCAUCUGGGCGUGGCGCCCCUGUCGCCGCCGCCCACGCAGCUGCGCCGGUGCGGGGCGUCGUCCAAGGGAGGCGACACGUCACGGAUGAAUAAUUAUGGGGCAUCGAGGUCGUCAUCUCCGGUAAUCAGGUCCCUGGCGCACUCGGAGCUUUUGAUCUACACGACAGAUGUGAAUUCGGUAAUGUCGCCGUCCGCGACUUGGCCGAGGACGCCGGACAUUGAAAUUUCACGGUCCAAGUCGCUUUCUACGGUGAUGACAUCCGGCAGACAUUUAGAUAACCAAAAGGCCAAAACCAUACUGUAUUUUUUUUCCCUAAAAGAACCUACUGUAAAUAUAUAACGGGAAUUAUAAC